AUGAGCCGCGAGACCACGCUGGUGGAGCCUCCAGGGGACCAAAGGGCCGACGUCAGUGCGCAGCGGCUGCACAGAUGGGGCUUGAGAGAAUGCGGUCUGGGUCAGGGUGUUGAGAAAACCCCUACUAACGACAAGACAGCAGCAGCAGCAGCAGCAGUAGCUGCAGCAGCAGCAGCCGCAAGUGAUGCGGUUGAAAGGCGAGAGGCGGUGCAGGGAGCUGCGCCCGCGAACAUGAAUGAAAAGACGCAGCAGUAA